CUCCUUAAGUAGAAAAUGGCAGCUAACUCGUUGUCUCCCCAAGAGUUCUCCCAGAGAAAACUGGAGAAUCUGUAUAGGAAAACCUGCAGCCGACUCUAUCCUAUGAAAGAAGGCAUUAAACUACUGCAAGAGGCCGUGCUAUUGAGGAAAAUAUUCCUGAGUGCGUGUCUUUAUGCUGCUAUACACUUUGUCUUCUGGAACCUUUAUUAUCUUAAUGACAAUUGCUUCUCAUUCCUGGGACGUUUGUUGUUUUGGAUCCUACUGGUUGAUGGUUUUUGGGUCAUAGCAACUAGAGACAAGACCGUACCAGGUCAGGAAUCCUCUGGACUGAGAUUGAGGCUGAGGAGGAAGAGAGAGCAGACAAGUUACGUGUCUUUUGAGAAAGCAGCUAUGAAGAACACCAAAAAGCUUGAGGUAGGUGAGGUGGCUGAAUUUGAAGUUGUUUGUCUUUGGAUAGCAAUAUCUCUAAUGUGGAUAGACAAUGUUCAACUGGCAAUGAGACACUGGAACAGGGAGCAGCCAUACAUGCUAACAGUUCUAUUACUUGUCGGUGGUCUUGUGACAUGUUUGCUUGGAUACUUUAUCGAUUUUGUAUUGCUGGUCUAUAUAAUAGUUAUGCUUCUUCUCCUUUGGCCUGUGCUGUCUUAUUAUAGUGUGAUCUCUUCCCUCACUGCUGCUAUUAAUACAAACUACCCCAUCUUUACACAAAAAGUUCAAAAUUAUUAUGAAAUCAUGAAAAGACAUUUUCGCCGUCUUCCUGAUGACGAGUUUAAAGAUUAUCAGUUAGAUGUACCUAAUCCUGUACCCCCUGGCAACCAAACACCACUUAAUCCUAGCAUGAGUCUAACACCCUUUGCUCCAAAUUUCAAUGUAAUGGAUUCAAUGGGAGCAUCCUUAAUGCUGCAGCCAGGAGGAUUUCACAACGUACAAGACGAUUCUCUAACACUCAGUUCCUUCUCUCAGGCCAGACCUCAUCACCCACACACCUCCUCCCGGCCUCUCCAGUCGCUUGGGAACAUAUCAGAGGCUUCCAACGAAGAGUUUAGUCCAACCGGAACAGACGAACAGUUUUACGAUACAUCAAGUGCCUCCCCACUCCCUCCCAUAGAUAAUGAACCCUCGUCACGCACUCGCUCUGACACCCUCUCUCUCAGCCCUUUUGAUAAGAAUUCUUCAAUUCACGACUCUUUUGAUGAUUUGGACAUGGACGGACCUGGGACGAGUAAAGAGCAUGGCAGCUCUGAACUGAGUCCCAAACCUUCAGACUCUGACGUGACUAGUUCUGGAACGGGAGGUGCCCAAAUAGAGUCUCCCUAUUUCUCGUCUAAAUUGGCUUUCCCUAGUCUAAUAAGCAGUACCCCCUCUGAUGCUACCACUACUAGUACAAGCGGGGCAAUGAGACAUAGAGUGACAUUCAAAGAUGAAGGGAGAGAUGAUGAAGACUAAAGAUAGGAAUGUUAUUUUAAGUACAUUGUAUGUGUAAGUGUGUGUGUGUGGGUAUACUACUAUUGAUCAGUUUAUUUGUCUUUGAAUAAUUAUUAUCAUUUAUUAGCAAUUGUUAGUGUUGCUAAGGGUUUCUUUGAAAGUGAUCUUUUGCUACCUCC